GAGAAAGGCUCCGACCGCUGCCAGUCACUAGGAAGCUGCUGCCGGCUGGAUCCCAAGCAAUCAACGUGUCGGCUCGCGAUCGAUGCGUCGACGGGCGAAAAGGAAGAGGUAAAAGUCGUGGCGCGUUGAUCCAGAGUUUCCUUCAUUCUCGAUAGCACCCAACACAACAUUCGUACCCGGACAACAACAUCACGCGGCCUGCCCUCACAUCACCCACGCAAUGUCGGGAGAUAUUUCCGCCUUGUCUCAGUACCAGAUUCGGAGGUUUUUUAAGGAAAACACCUUUGUCUCGAAAGAGCAAUGCAACGAGCAGGCCCGACGGCUAGCUGGCAGGCCCGUCACCCCAACGCCGAGCCAGGGUGGCACCAGUUACACCCUUGAAGGUGGGGACGUUGUCGUCCAAUUCCGCGCUCCAAAUUCCCCUCUGGAUAUGGGUUUUCUCCCAAGUAUCAAACAAGCCUAUGGGGACUUUGUACCAAGCCACACGUACCACGGUAGCUUUGGCAGUCUCAUCGUCUAUUCGAUGAGCAAUAUGGGGGGACACUGCAUGUACCUAGCUCGAACCGAGCUGCAGAAGGAUGGCUGCCACCUCCUGCGAUCCACCUUGGACGACUUGGCAAGAUUCUUCGCCUCGGCGUAUCACAACACGCCCGCCGACAUGGCACGCCCAGGUGCCGACCAGCUGUUCAGCGAGUACAAGUCGCAGCUCCGGCAGCUGCGCGAGGGGCUCCCUCGGCGCUUUCGCUCGAAGCUCGACACCAUCAUCUCCCAGCUCCCGAUUCUCUUUGACGAGGACUGGCCGGUCACGCCUCAUCACACCAAUCUCCUCGACAACAACAUCCACGUGGUCAAAAGCACGGGUAGGAUGUCUGGCGUCUGCGGCUGGAGAGGCGCCGUGGCUGGUCCGUUUGGCUUGUCACUAGGCGGGGUCGAGACCAUGCUCGGGGUCCGGACCACAUCUGGGGACUUUUGGCGCUACCACGACAAUCACGAGGAGCUCCGAGAUCAUUUCUAUGAUAGGUUCUACCACCAUGUGGGAAAUGUGUCUGACGUGGACAAGCAGCGCAUCGAGGUUGCAAGACUGGUUGGCCUCUUCCUGGCCAAUGGCUUCUGGAGGGGAAGGCCGGCCACAGAGAACAGCGAGGACUUGCGUUUCCUCGGUGCCGUCGUUCUCAGAUAA